AUGGUAACGCAACUCGACGCCAGGUUUUACCCCCACAUCAUCGACAGUAUCUUCGAUGAACUCGUGUCCACCCACCCCCGAAAAGCCCGUCUUGUGUGCAAAGCCUGGUGCAACCGCAUCGACACAGACUUCGCCAACUGGUUAGCAGUGGACACCUGCGUUCCGGGAAUACGAAAUCAGCCCGCGCUUGGGCCCUUCGAGGCCUGCCCGGAGCCGUACUCCUGGGAGAUUGUGGCUGCCCGGCACCCGACCAUCGCGUACCAACGACAAUCGCUGUGGGAAGAUCCCGAGACCGACUAUCGCGAGGUUCAGAACGUCCGCGACAUACAGCUUGAGCCAGCAGUCCUCGACAUUCUCGAUUCCGUGGAAUGGGUGUACUGCCCUAUCGGCCUUCCGCCGGCCGAUACAGUGCGCUUCCAAGUCGAAAGAUACCGCAGUAUCUCGUUAGGCUGCGCCAACAUGCUUCCUCACGUGCGCCGCAUCAUUUUCAGCGACGGAGCAUACUCGGACGACCGCGCACGUGUAACCCCAGCUCGCGGUGAGGCGCAUGCUCUUGCGGCCACGUGUACGAAGCAGAACUGCGGGAAGGAGCACACGCAGCGCAUAGUCAUCAACGCUCGUACGCCUGUGCCUCGCGUCGAGCAGAGAAUGGCGUUCUUGCCAGAGGGUCUCCCCGAACUCGUGGUCAUCUUCCACGGUUGGCGCGUCGUGCGAGGGUUCGACCACUCUCGUCUCAUGAACUACCACGCCGGUGAUCCGCUAAAUGAUAUCCGUGAGGUAAUCCUCGCCGCCACCAAACAGGGCACCCGCGUCACGGUCGUAAACGAAGCAAUGUCUGACCUGCGUACUGGUGAAAAGCGAACGAACGUGAUAUGCGUGCACGAGGCAAUUCUCCACUUCCUCAACGUUGACACGGAAAACGACGAGGUUCAUUCACUCGAAACCCUUAGUCCUCUUGUUGAGUUCCUCACACUCGAGGAAUACAAGGCUCGCGUCGGUGAAGAACAGUUCAAGAUCGAGACGAUGACAGAUGUCACCAUUCAGCGCCUCGUCGACAGGAGAGGCUGA